ACAGCAGCUGCAGCUGCAGAAGGAGGGGUGUGUCCUAGCAACAGAGCAAUGGCGUUGCGUCACGGAGGUGGAGCCUUGGGCCCGGCGGCGGCCUUCCUGGCCGUGGCCGCGCUGCUGGGCGCCGUGACGGCGGGGAAGUUCGACGACGUCGUGCAGCCGAGCUGGGCGAACGACCACGUGGUGUACGACGGCGACCUCCUCAAGCUCCGCCUCGACGCCAACUCGGGCGGCGGGUUCGUGUCCCGGAACAAGUUCCUCUACGGCAAGGCCAGCGCCGACCUCAAGCUCGUGCCGGAGGACUCCGCCGGCGUCGUCACCGCUUUCUAUGUGAUUGUCGUCUGCCGGGGACAAGCACAACGAGUUCGACUUCGAGUUCCUUGGCAACGUGACCGGCGAGCCGUACCUCGUGCAGACGAACCUGUACAUCGACGGCGUGGGCAACCGGGAGCAGCGCAUCGACCUGUGGUUCGACCCCACCGCCGACUUCCACACCUACGCCGUGCUCUGGAACCCCAGCCAGGUGGUGUUCAUGGUGGACGACACCCCCAUCCGCGUCUACGAGAACCGGCAGAACGCCACCGUCAGGGGCCACCACCGCCACGCCAACGGCACCACCACAGCCACCGGCUCGUCGCCGUUCCCGGGACCGCAGCCGAUGGCCGUGUACAGCUCCAUCUGGAACGCGGACGACUGGGCGACGCAGGGCGGGCGCGUGAAGACGGACUGGUCGCACGCGCCGUUCGAGGCCACGUUCCGGGAGGUGCGCGUGGACGGCUGCGUCUGGGCGGCGAACGCCACCGACUCGGACGCCGGCGAGGUGUCCCGCUGCAGCGGGUCCUCGUGGGGCAAGGAGGGCCGCUACUGGUGGAAGGAGAAGGAGAUGUCGGAGCUGACCGUGCACCAGAGCCACCAGCUCGUGUGGGCGCGCGCGCACCACCUCGUCUACGACUACUGCGUCGACACCGACCGGUUCCCCGUGCAGCCGCCCGAGUGCGCCGGCCGCUGAUGACCUGGUGAUCGAUCAUCGUCGACUGGUGGGGAUGGAUCAUGGAUGGAACUACUGGUUUCUUUCGCUCUGGGUUCUUGCGUUCCGGAUGCAGCAAUGGCUGUCUGGCUGUCUGUAGGGUCAGGGUGGCUUUGUGGGUUUGCAUUGGCGGCCGUGUGUGGUGGAUGAUUCUCGGGUUCUGUUAAUGUGGUGGAGUCGUCUUUUGUAAAAACAAGUUGAUGGGAAUGAACGAUGCUGCUGCUCUCUGUUCCAGAGAUUUGUUUCCU